AUGGUGGUGCUUCCAUUCUAUAGAAAUAUGGGCGGUGCAAAAAUACAAGGUGCAGUCAUCUUGGUCCAAAACCAUUGUUGUGCGUCUUGUCUUGAAGAUAUUCACACGCUAUAUUUCUUUCCAAUUUUCUCUACGAAAAGUGGUGAUAUUGUUGGGAACGAUGGGUAUAACGGAUUGGCAAAAUGUAAUGAGAAGGGAAAGUUUAAAGAGUUUAGAAGGUAUUUUGGAGGCGAAUAG